AUUACACAUUUUGCGCUCUAGUAGCGGAAACCCAUGUAAUGUUGACUACACCCGACACCCGAGUCCUCCUUUCGCACGAUCAUCCUACCUUGUAUCCUCCCUCUGCUGAUUCCUUUCUUUUUCUUGAUGCCCUCGAAUCUGAGUUGGAUUUUAUUAGAAAAAACGUCAACCCCUCGGUAACUAUUGAGUUUGGCUGCGGAAGUGGUAUUAUUUCGACCUUCCUUGCUCUCCAUUUGGGCCGUUUAAAUUACUAUUUCUGUACGGAUAUUUCGCCACAAUCAUGCUUAGCCUGUAAUGAUGUCUUCUCUCACAACAUUGGGACACCGAUUAGGAAUUGCAUCCAAGACAGUAUCUGUUGUAACCUAGCUGAUCCCCUGUUGACACGGUUAGGAGGAUCAGUGGAUCUUAUAUUAUUUAAUCCACCAUAUGUUUCUACGCCUAUUGAUGAGUUUGAGCAAGCAAGACACAAUUACUCUACAGCUUGGGCUGGAGGACCAAAAGGUCGCAAAGUGAUUGAUGCCUUUCUUCCUCAAGCGGCCGCCCUUAUUUCUCCAUCGGGAUGCAUAUAUCUUCUGCUGUCCGAACUGGAAAACGACCCUCUGGAUGUUCAUGCUUCCUUUAAGGACAUCUCAUCAGGACGCUUGUCAGAUGUUAAAUUAGUGACAAAAAGAAGAGCCCUGAACGAAGUGUUAUCAGUCUACCGAUAUUGCAAUGCAUAUACGUUAAAAUCUACCUAG